CGCAAACCGUUUGAGCAGCUCCGAAGACUUUGGCAGACCGAGUGUGAAUUUACGGUCCAAACGUUUUACAGACUCAUAAAAUAUUCGCAUUUUAUAAAGACCACAAAACGGAAAUUGAGUUUGGAGCCAUGGAGUGAUCUGAAGUGAAGAUUGAAGACGUGAUAGAAGAUGGACGACUACUGCUAUGCUAAGAUGGCGACGUCACGUCAAAGAGAAAGUGAAAGAGAAUCAGCGCCACCAACUUCCAGCAAAUCACCAACAGAGAUAAAGACGGAAGAUGAAGACGUCAAGCAGCUGAUUGGUCAUCCUGAAGAACUUCCGCCUCAGCAGCAGGGGGUCAGGCCCACUUUGAAGCAGGAGACUCCACAACCACCUCACAUUAAAAAGGAAGAGGAGGAACUCUGCAUCACUCAGGAGGAAGAGUGUCUUCUAGGACGAGAGGAAGCUGAUUACACCAAGCUGCCACUGACUGUUGUCUCUGUGAAGACUGAAGAUGAUGAAGAGAAACCACACGUCGACAACCUCUUAGCUCCACUAUCAGACAGUGAGGCUGAAGACGAGGUUGAAGUAACUUUGAGCAGCGAUACAGACUGUGAAGGUGAUAUGAGGACUCACACUGACAACAAACACGCCGACAGCUCAAAAAAGAAGACAUGUAAAAAAGCUUUGAGCUGCAAGGUUUGUGGUACAAGAUGUACAAAAAAGAGCCGUUUGGUAAUACACAUGAGAACACACACAGGAGAAAAACCGUUUAAUUGUUCAGUUUGCAGGAAAAGCUUUUCUCAAAAUAGCGGUUUGACUCUACACAUGAGAACGCACACAGGAGAAAAACCAUGUAAUUGCACAGUUUGCGGUAAAAGCUUUUCUCAAAGCAGCAGCUUGACGCUACACAUGAAUACGCACACAGGAGGAAAACCAUUCAGUUGUUCAGUUUGCGGUAAAAGCUUCUCUUUAAAGAAUCCUUUGAUUGUACACAUGAGAACGCAUACAGGAGAAAGACCAUUCAAUUGCUCUGUUUGUGGUAAAAACUUUUCGCACAACAGCAGUUUGACGCAACACUUGAGAACACACACAGGAGAGAAAACGUUUCUUUGUUCAGUUUGUGGCAAAAGCUUUUCUCGAAGAAGACAACUGAUUCUACACAUGAGAACACACACAGGAGAGAGGCCAUUUAAUUGUUCAGCUUGCUGUAAAAGCUUUUCUCAUAGGUGCAAUUUGACCAAACACAUGAGAACACACACAGUUGAAAAAAUAUUCAAUUGCUUAGUUUGUUGUAAAAACUUUUCUGAGAAAGGUGAUUUGACUGAACACAUGAAAACGCACAAAGGAGAAAGACGAUUUAAUUGUUCUGUUUGCAGCAAAAGCUUUUCUACUAAUGGCAAUUUGACUCAACACAUGAGAACACACACCGGAGAAAAAAUAUUUAGUUGUUCAGUUUGUUGUAAAAGCUUUUCUCAAAAGGGCAGUUUGACUGACCACAUGAGAACGCACACCGGAGAAAGACCGUUUAGUUGCUCAGUUUGCAGUCAAAGCUUUUCUUACAAACAGGGUUUGACUCGACACCAAAUGAAACACACGGGAGCGAAACCAUUCAGUUGUUCAGUUUGUGGCAAACGCUAUACUCGAAGGAGCCAUUUGUCGGCUCACCUAAGAACACAUCGUAAGUAGAAAAGAUUUUAAAGAUAGAAAAAUUUUGGUGUUCUGUUUGCGGUCAACGUCAUCCACACAGUCUCAUGUCUAAUCACAUGAGAACACACACGGGAGGAAAAGUCAGUUACCUAAUUUGAAGCGAAAGCUUUUCCAUGGACAAAAUUUGAGUCAACGAAGAAUUAAACACCCUACAGAAAACUCUUUCAGUCGUGUUGGCAGACAAAGACAUACCUGAUACAUGAAGCCACACAGUAGAAAAAAUGUUAAGUUGCUUAGUUUAAUGUAAUAGAUUCACCCAAAAGACAGGUAUAGUAAGACAUACGAGUACACAUGCUAGCAAUCUUAGACUAUUUGGAUUGCACAGAAAAUGGAAAGACGUGUGCGCUUCUCUGACUUAAAGGGGAACAUUAUCACAAUUUCAAAAGGGUUAAAAACAACAAAAAUCAGUUCCCAGUGGCUUGUUGUAUUUUUUGAAGUUUUUUUUCAAAAUUUUACCGGUCCCGGAAUAUCCCUAAAUAAAGCUUUAAAGUGCCUUAUUUUCGCUAUCUUCGAAACCACUAUCCAUUUCUCUGUGACGUCAUACAGUGCUGCCAAUACAAACAACAUGGCG